UCCGAAUGGCCCUUCUCUAUCCCCGGACAGUUGAUGGUGUUAGGUCCAGAUGGUACGGAGCAGGCGGUAGUAGCACAAUGGGCCGUUCCAAACUCCCAACACUCGGAAUUAUACCUCAGCCAGACUAUUUAUGGGCGGCAAUGGUGGAUGGUGGGUGGAGCAAGCUAUCGAUACCCAUUGCGGUAGAGCAGAUAAACACUAUCUUGAGGCUUAUCACUCGGUUGGAUAGUGAUUUUGCCAGUUAGACAUCGUAUACCUAUUAGACCUAUCCUUUAUAUCAGUCACAUACAUAUCUCGGUAGUCGGUACCGGCUCCGACAUCCGAUGUUUGUCAGCAGCCUGGCUGAGAAAACCUUGACCACUGUCCAUGUCGACGUCGAGGCAGUCAUGCUCCUUAUCCUUCACUAUUGCGCAAACAGGUAUAUCGAAAUCCUUGUUUUCUCCUCGCGUAGGAAACGUCUCGCUGACGCGCAAUGGCGUUGAUAAAAUCAAUAUUGACACCCCUGGACUACUUGUGAACACGUCGCGCGGCGUUAUACCUCAUCUUUCCAGAGAUCAACACAAGCAAUGCUCAGCUGUGCGCUGGGUGCACGUUCCAUUCGAGACGUUCCUAGAGCAUAAGCCUCCCGUACCAACCCUACAGACCGGACAGGAUCCUCUGCAUCGUUUUCUUGGAUAUCCUGUCGAUAAAUUUGUGGUCUCGAUGUCCCUUCGGGAUCCUCAUGAUGGACGGGAGGUGCCUCCGAACGGAAAUGCUUUCGUUUCAGCCAAUAGUAUCCGUGGCGUUCGUAAGGUCUCACCGGAUGAAUGGCGAUCAUAUGUCCUAGCCUGCAAACCCGAUAUCGUCGUGCCAUUGUCUGAUACCCCCUUCACACCACCACCUUAUUCUCAGAAACGGCUAACGAAAAGCAUUGAGCGAUCCUUUACUUGGUUAACCCACUUCCUUCAACCUAUCGAUGGCUUACAUCCACUGAACGUCUUUGUCCAUCUCGGAGGAGGAGCCAGCAUUGCAGCGAGAGCGGCUUUCUCUGAAAGCCUUCUAGAAACCCUGCAUGGUAAAGAUGCAGACACAGUUAAGCCACUAAAGUCAUUAGAUGAAGGCGUCACAGGUUACCAAUUGGACUUGGUCCCCCUUCGUCUAGCCUUGUCUGGAGUCGUUUCGGAACCCAUUAAUAUCGACACAUCUCCUGUUCCGACAAAUCCUGACAUCAAAACAUCUGAUGUUGUUCCCCUACUCCGCUCAUCACUAUCCCCUCUACCGGCGCACAAAAUCCGUCUCGUGAGCUCUGCAGAGUCACCUCACGAGAUGUUGACCCUUAUUCAGCAAAUUGGGGUAGACCUCUUCGAUGCCCAGUGGGCUCAACGGGCUGCCGACAUCGGAAUCGCGCUAGAUUUCACCUUCCCCGUAGGUAAUUUCGGGACUCGGCGACGGUCGAAUGGCAAACGGGAUCUUGGUCAUAAUCUUUUCGAUCACUCAUAUGCAGAAGACUUCUCCCCAUUGGCAAAUUGUUUCGUCGGACAAGCGGCUCACAGUGGUGAUGUGCCUGUCUGCAUGUGCGGAGCCUGUUCACCCGUUUCCCCACAUGCACGGAUAAGCCACUCCUACUUAGACGAGAAUGCACCAAAUGGCGGUGAGAUUGGACCAGCGUUCACACGAGCAUAUUUACAUCACCUGUUGCAUACGCAUGAGAUGUCGGCGUAUUCCCUAUUGGUGCUUCAUAAUCUCAUUGUUCUUGAUGCCUUUUUUGCCGGUGUGCGAGAUACCAUCCGGAGCCUCGACGACGAGACGUUGGAUCUAGAGUUCUCGAAGUUCUUCCAGGAAUACGAUGAAGAACUGCUAAUUUUUGAUGAAUCGAAAGCCAUGUGGGGCGAAGUUGAGAUGGCUCGGGGAAAGGGACGACUCAGUAGAGAGAAGGCAAAAGAGACAAUUUGAAUGGAAGGUGCACGACAG